UCAAAGUGCCCCGGAGACAGACCGGAGACAAACCGGAGUUAAACACCUCUAAACUUACUCUUUUUUUCUCUAAACUGCCACUAAAUAAUUACCUGAACCUGUCAGAAUGAUUAAAAACGGUCACCACGUCACCAGCGAGCAGCGGGAGGACGCCGGUCGCAGUAAGCCGGCUGGGUCAGCGUGCAGCCCGGAGAAGAGGAAGCGGGUGGUCCGGCUGUGGUGCGACGGCUGUUAUGACAUGGUGCACUAUGGCCACUCCAACCAGCUGCGGCAGGCCAAAGGCAUGGGAGAUUACCUCAUCGUUGGAGUGCAUACAGAUGCUGAGAUUUCCAAGCACAAGGGUCCUCCGGUCUUCACUCAGGAAGAGCGCUACAAGAUGGUCCGGGCCAUCAAGUGGGUGGAUGAGAUCGUAGAAGGAGCUCCGUACGUCACCACGCUGGAGACUCUGGACAAGUUCAACUGUGACUUCUGUGUGCAUGGAGAUGACAUCACGCUGACAGUAGACGGGAAGGACACGUAUGCAGAGGUGAAGCGUGAAGGACGCUACCGGGAAUGCAGACGCACUCAGGGCGUCUCCACCACGGACCUGGUGGGACGGAUGCUGCUCAUGACCAAAGCCCAUCACAGCAACAUGGAUAACCCAGAUUACCAGCAGCAUACAGACAACUUUGGAAAAGGUCCUAAAGGCCACAGUCCCUGGACCGGAGUGUCCCAGUUCCUCCAGACGUCCCAGAAGAUCAUCCAGUUUGCCUCAGGGAAGGAGCCUCAGCCCGGAGACACCAUCAUCUAUGUGGCUGGAGCUUUCGACCUCUUCCACAUUGGACAUGUGGACUUCUUAGAGAUGGUUUAUAAGCAGGCGGAGCGGCCCUACGUCAUCGUGGGUCUGCACUUUGACCAGGAAGUGAAUCGGUACAAAGGGAAGAACUAUCCUAUCAUGAACAUCCAUGAGAGGACGCUGAGUGUUCUGGCCUGUCGGUAUGUGUCUGAGGUGGUGAUCGGGGCUCCUUACGCUGUGGGCAAAGAUCUGCUGGAUCAUUUUAAGGUGGACCUGGUGUGUCACGGCAAGACUGAGGUGUUUCCAGACAAGGACACGCUCGACCCCUACGCUGAGCCUAAGAAGAGAGGCGUGUUCAGGACCAUUGACAGCGGGAACAACCUCACCACUGAUGACAUCGUCCAGAGGAUUAUUGAAAACAGGCUGCAGUUUGAAGCCAGGAACCAGAAGAAGGAGGCGAAGGAGAUGGCGGUGAUCGAGUCGAUGAAGAGGAGGGAGCAGCAGAGUGAAGAAGCAGCCCAGCUGGCUCUCUAGUGAGACCUCAGACCUGCUCCUGGGUCUGUUUACUCCCUCAGCUUUAAGAGGGAGGAGCCAGACGGACAGUUGCUCUGAACUGGACCUGGCUGGUAGAAUCCUGCUUUAGAUAUGUGGUGAGGCGUGUUUGUUAGCUUCUCUCAGCCUUCAUCUACAGACGACUCCAGCCUGAUCAAUGAGAAUAGAUCUGCCUCGACAAGAACACAAAGAGUUCAAACACGUUCUACGAUUCAACCUGCAAAAUCUCUUUAAACUUCUCGUCCUCCACCGAGGACUUUUUAAUGUUUUAAUCUUCUGUCACCUCUUGUUUCUGUCCAUGAAAUCACACACUACGUGUUCCUGUGUAGGUGUUCAAGUGGUAUGUUAAGUUUCUAAUGAGCCAUAACUUAAAUUUAUUUUAAAACCGUCAGUUAUUGUUUUUAGAUCUUGAACCAUUUUAAUCGUCACUCUUAAAGAAGUGUCAUGUUGAAUGUGGUCUAUUUUUUAAUACACUGAGAAAACUGAUUUAUUUUAAUUUCUUGAAGUCACUUUGUUUUUGUUUUUCCAUCCUCAAAAAAAAACAUUAUUACAUUAAUCAUCUGUGGAGUAGUGUUUUAAGUUUAACUGUGGAUUUUAACUACCUGAUUUUGCACCAAGCGUGUGUGUGUGUGUGUGAGAGAGAGAGAGUUGAGUGUGUGUGUGUGUGUGUGUGUGUGUGUGCUGUAAAUGACAGUAAUGUCGUGCCUCAUUCCUAAAGCUAUAACUAAUGUAAGGGCUGUGAAUAGAAUCAGAAAGUCUAAACUGUGUCUCUACAGCUGUAGAGUUUGUCCUUUUGUCCUUUUUGUCCUCAGUCUACUUUCAGGAAAUGUGUUUUUUCGAAAACAAGUGUGUCCUCUUCUCUCUUCCUUUCAAGAGUUUCCAAACAUUUAAAGAUGUGGGGCCCAGUAUCAGUCUGUUUGUGCAAACAUGGAUUGAUUGUUGGAGGUUUCAGUCUGCUGCUUCUCUGUUGUGAUGCUACGAGGCGUGUUUCUCUGAGGUAAACU